UAGAUUAUCUAGCCUCCAGUACAGAUGAUCCCAAAAAUUGCUUCAUUCCAUUCUUCCCCAAAACACUCACAAUUAGCCAGACCUCGUCCUGUAAUCAACUCUCAAGCAUAAAAAAUGCAGAACUGAUUACAUAAUAGUUCGACGAACCAUAACCAAUCACAUUUCUUGCUUCUGCCGCCAAUUAAGACUUUAAAGAAUUAACAAAAGAAACUGGUCUAACUCCAAUUACUCCUCCGCUAUGUAGCAAAUGAGAUUGAAGUAAUGAUGAUUCUUGAUUAGAUUUUGUUCUAAGCCAUUUUAUUCACAAUCCCAGCCAAAGAGAGAGAUGGGUUAUGAUCCUGGUUCAGCAGAAGGAAGAAUAAGCCCCCAUUGGAGCGUCUUUGAUGGUGUUAAAAAUUUCCCAAUAUCCCCAGAAGCUCUAAUGGUAGACAUUAACUCUGCCAUAUGUAAUCUCGAGUUUUCACGGGCCACGGUUCUGUUGGAGUCACGGUCACCAUCUUCUUCUUCUCCUUCUUCUUCUUCACCUUCUAAAAAGAAGAGCUGUGAUGCGAGUAAAGUGGUUGAGCAAUACGAUGCUCGAAUGGCUGAUGAAGCGUUUACGGCAGGGUGUGCGGCUUUCAAUGCAGGCAAGCAUGAUGAGGCUCUUCACCAUUUGAACGUUUCUCUUUCCAAGUGCCCACCUUAUCAGACCUCCGCCGUUACUAAACUUCAGUCUCUUAUCUCUAUAACUUCAAAGCAACUCCUGAAAUCCACCAAAUGAUGACUUAUUGGUUUGUCAAUUCUCUACUUUCUAAACACUUAUUCUUGGAUGUUAACUCAAGUGUUUAAGUUCGUGUGUGUGUGUGUGACCAAGUUCAAAUCUUGGUGUUUUGUAUUGUAUUCGACAUCUACAUGAAAUUACAGGAUUUUUUUUACUGGA